CCAGCCCAGCCCAGAAGCAGAACUGUUUUUUCUCCUCUAUCAAUAACAAAACAUCAACGCUAAAAAAAACGCAACUGUAUUACAGUUGAAUAACUUAAAAUGCCAUUAUUUGAUGGUCUGGGUAGUGGAGCUGAGAAAACCGCCAUCGUCAUCGAUCUAGGAGCGGCAUACACAAAAUGCGGCUUUGCAGGGGAAACGGGGCCCAGGUUCAUCAUUCCGAGCGAGAUCCGCAAGCCGGGACAGCAGCAGGCCACCAAAGUGGUUCAGUACAACAUCAACACAGACGAGCUGUAUGUCAUCCUCAAAGAGUUUAUCCACACCCUGUACUUCAGACAUCUACUGGUGAACCCUCGCGACAGAAGAGUGGUCAUUAUCGAGUCCAUCCUCUGCCCGUCUCACUUUAGGGAGACGCUCACCAAGGUUUUCUUCAAACAGUUUGAGGUGCCCUCUAUUCUUUUUGCACCGAGUCACCUUAUGGCCAUCAUGACGUUAGGUAUCAACUCGGCUCUUGUCAUGGAGUGUGGCCAUACGGAAACGUUGGUGCUGCCUGUAUACGAGUGCACUCUGAUUCUGCCGGCAUGGGAGGCUUUACCUUUGGGCGGAAAAGCCAUCCACAAAGAAUUAGAUGGACUCCUUGUAGAACAGUGCACUGUGGACACCGACACCACUACCGGACAGAGUGUGCCCGCCGUCAUCGGCACCAUUCCGGAGGAGAUUGUGGAGGACAUUAAAGUGAGAACAUGCUUCGUCAGCGACUUGCAAAGAGGCCUCAAACUACAGGCGGCUAAGUUCAACAUAGACGGUUCAGCUGAGCGUCCGACUCCUCCUCCAGAUGUUGACUAUCCUCUGGACGGCCAGAAAAUCCUGCAUAUCAAAGGAUCCAUCCGGGACUCUCUCAUGGAGAUUAUGUUUGAGCAGGACAACGAAGAAAAGAGCGUAGCCUCACUCAUACUCGACGCCCUGGUUAAGUGUCCCAUCGACACACGCAAAGUACUGUCAGAAAACCUAGUGGUGAUUGGUGGCACCCCCAUGCUGCCGGGCUUCCUUCACCGCCUGCUCGCCGAAAUCCGCGUUCUGGCGGAGAAGCCCAAGUACCGGGACGUGCUGGCCAGCAAGAGCUUUCGCGUGCACACGCCGCCCGCUAAGCCCAACUGUACCGCCUGGCUUGGAGGCGCCAUUUUCGGGGCGCUGCAGGACAUCCUCGGGAGCAGGUCGGUGUCCCGCGACUACUACAACCAGAUGGGUCGGAUACCCGACUGGUGCUGCCUUAGUACGCCGCCGCCUGAAUCCCUAUAUGAAGCCGGCAAGACGCCGCCGCCACUCAUGAAGAGGGCUUUCUCCACAGAAAAGUAGAUACCGUAUAAACUUCAUAUAUUUUUUUAACUCAUUGGCUCCCAUUAACGACAAUAGACGCUGCCAGCACCUCCCAGUUUAAAUGGUUCAGAUGUCUAUCGUCAAUGGCAGUGAAUGAAUUAAAAUAAAGGUUACAUGUAUUUAUUCUGGCACAGUUGGGUUCUGCCUCAAAUAAAGGUCUUCUAUACAUUCACACACAUUUUUGUUGUCAGUCAUUCCAGCUAGCUGUGAAAGCACUAGCAGUAAAAAAAAUAUAAAUGUGUAGUAAAUAUAAUUGAUAAAUUUUUGGGAGGUGACCGUGCCCAUCUGUGCCUUUUUUUUUUAAUCCCAAAAUGAAUUUAAAGUGACAGGCAACCAAUGCGAAACACUAUUGCUUUAAAGUAUUUAUCACGAAUUUCUUCGACUUCUGACAAACGAGCACAUAGUGUAGCGUCUUCAAGGACAACGCCAACUUAGUGAUAAUACACACUAAGCUGGAAAAAAGUACAUUAUUUUCUAAAAUGAUACCCACCUGGGCCACACGAACUCUGUUUAAAAAAAAAAAAAAAAAAAAAAAAAAGACGUUGACUUUUAGGACGACGCUCGUCAUGCUAACGCGAAUGCCAUGCUGACGCAACGAGGUACAUUUAUUGUGUGAUAAUCACUCAGCAAAGACCUUUAAAGGCUUAAGUAACAUUGCAUAUUCUCUAUUGCCAAGAUAAGAAAACAAAUCUUAACAUGUGUUUCAAAACAAGCAAGCCAGGAGAGGACACCGGUGACAAUGAGGGGGAGCAGAGCAUGUCACGUGAGUGACACAACUAAACACUGUUACAAUGUAGGCUAACUACACAUACAAUUUUUUGAAAAUUUGUUCAUUAUUUUCUCGUCAUGAGAAAAUUGUUCGGCGAUGAAAUAUUUUAAUUAUCGUUGACGAAAACAAUGGUGAGAAUGAGUAUUAAUUUCACAAGAAAAGGUGGGCAAUCUGGGAUACUCGAAUUUUACUGGCUAAAAUAGCACCAACGUUUAUAAAAUGGCCCCCAUGUCAGGUGGUUAAUUCCUGGAGAUACUGGCUUUUAUUUACGUAUUUCUCCUCUAUAGCAAAUCAGAAAAAAUGAAAUUCUGUGUUUUUUCAAAUUAUUAAACAGGAUUCUUUCCUCUGGAAUGCACAUUGUAAAGUUGUCUGUCCCUUUAAAUAUGCUAUUGUCGAAAAAUGUGUCAGCACCCCAGUUGAAUAACAAUAAAUCAUUGUUUUCACCCCAUGGUUCAAGUCGUAUUUUCCUUGCAAGCACAGCUUUUCAAGAGCCCUAAAACACAAAAAUGAGCAGCGCCUUCAUCCAUCUUAUUAGAAUGUUCUUAGAAUUAUGGCGGCCCAAUUAGGUGGCAUGCCUUAGAAUCACAUCCGGAUGUGCUUGCUGCAGCGCAUCGUUUCAUAAAAAGAUGAAUCACUAUGGAACCAACGCUUUGGUGAGAUAAUCCAAAGACAUGGCAUGUUGCGUCAAUUAUAAUAAAUGAAGUACAAGUUCAGGUAGAGGACAAUGUUUUCCUUUUGUUUUCCCUCUUUCGUUUAAUUGUGGCUGCUAUUGACGGCGAUGGACGUCCAAUUUAUUUUGACCGGGAUAGGCUGGCAGCGAGUGAACAUUGUCAGCUCUCCCAGUCAAAAUGGAUUAAAUGUCUUAAAGUGUCAGUGCACGGGCGUAGGUUAGCAUAGGGACACAACACUACCAACUUUUAAGGAUGCUCAAAUUGUCCCCACCAACUUCUAAGCCACCAUAUUUGCAUUAUAUAAUGAGUUCAGUUAUAUGGGUAAUUUAGAACGUCUUCCUAAAUGUUGUAAGGAUAGAAUAAACCCUACCAUUAUAAAGUGAAUUAUUUUCAUUAUGUUCAGACUUACAUUUAUCCCCCAUUUUCACUUGCUGAAUGUGCCCAUCUCAUUUUCAAACGCAUGUUUGAUUGGCUGAUGACUUGAACCCCUGCCCCUCCUUCCGCCACACAGACGCACACUCACACAACCACGCCGACAGAAAUACAACAUGCCGCCUCUUUCACCCUCUCCGAAGAGGAGGGAUAUUAGAAGUUUUUUUUUCCCGACCAGCACAAGCCACUGUAAGUGAUGUAAAAAGACGUCAAUAUUGUGGAGGUGAAGGAAACACCACUAAUUUUGCUACUCAAAGUCAGACCUGCAUCAGAGUUAGCAUAGCAUUAAUCUGUGUGAAUUUGCUAACUUGCAAAACUACUGCAGUCAGGCCAGCCUCAAGACGGAACAACAAAGUCAAGGUAGGUUUGCAUUAUGUACAUUACCGUAAUGCAACGCGGUGGCCUCAGAGUGCAAGUCCCAUUAAUAGGUCCAUAUAAGCCGCUACUUUUUUCCCCUCGUUUUGAAUCCUGCGGCUUAUAGUCCUGUGCGGCUUAUUUAUUGAUAAAUUUGGGUUAAUAUGUAACACUUUAUUUGACAGCGACGAUAUUGCGAUACAACGAUUUUCGAUACAUUGGUCAGGAAAUCAUUCUAAAAUAUUC